ACAGUAACCAACUUGUUUACAAAUGGCUGUGGAUAUUGGCUCUAUGUUCCCCAAAUCAAAAAUGGAGGAGGCCAUAUAAGCAAUACAGUUCUUAAACUAAGCACACAUCACUUAUGAGUUGUAAUGGCUGCCUCUAAACAGGUGGACACUACAGACCAGCAGGAGACACCCCUACCCCUGGGCUGGCGAAAGGCUAAAGCUGUCACACCCGACCGUAGGGCUCGAUUCUACUUUGUCAACCACAAUGACUGCUAUACUACUUGGAGUGAUCCCAGGAUUUAUGACUCAGAACCAGUCCAGCAAGAGCAGUCUGUACUGGAAUACAUAAUAAGAGCGUAUGACUUUCUCAAUGCUAAACAUGGUGACAGAGACCGUCAGCGCCAAGAAUUUGAGAAUAACUGCAGGCAUUAUACUCAAGUGGGGAAUGAGGAAAGCAUUCAAGCUUGUCUUAACGCCUUGCAGGAACAGAUUUGUGUCAAGAAUUUCCCCCCACCACAUUCAGUACCGGACGAGAUGGUUGCCAAUACGUUUAAACAACUUCAAAGUGUGAUACAAGUGUGUAUACGAGAGGGACGGGUCACACAGGAAACCUGUCAGGACUUGUUGUUUGAAUUCCUCCUGAGUUUGUUACGGUACGGACCGGGAUCGUCUGCCUCUUACUUCAUUGGUGCAAGAUUGAUCAGAACGGAAAACAUGGAGGAGUACUUUGAGGCUUUGAACAGAGAAGGACUUACCAGAAUGAUUGACAGUUUGAAGGAGUGGCAUUAUGUACAUGAGGAUCCUAAGAAAUUUGUGGCCGAAUCACAUUCUUACUACUGGGGAGACUGUAUCAUCAAACUCAUCAAAAUCAUCCUUGGUAACUACAAAAGUGACAAAGUUUAUGACCCAGAGAUUCAUCAACAGUUUCUGGAUCUGUACCUGUUCUACUUCACAAAAAUCAAUGAGGUACCAGAUGAUUUUGUCUCCCAUUUACAGUAUGCAAUGAAGAGGAUAGCGACAGCUUACCCUGGCAAACAUAAUGAGAACCCAUAUCAAGUUCUUCAAAAGCCAGACAUUCUCCAGAGACAUUGGCAAACUGUAGGAGCCACAAUUAGCAGCAACACAUUUCGAGAAAAACAUAUUGAUAUAUCUAGGGACAUUGUCAAUAAAAUGGUUGACUGUAUUAUAAAUAAAAGGUGGACAGUUGAUUUAUUGGAUGACAUCAUAGACCUUAUGAAGGGAUACUUUCUUACUGAUCAUGGUCACAUGCAUAAAGUGUUAUCAAGGAUUUUACAUCUUUUGAAAGAAACAACAGAGAAGACCUAUGAUGAAAACCCUCAGAUCAUGAAGAAAAUGCUUGCAAUGUUCCAAGAAGUCUUGCAGAAGAAACCUGAACAUAUGUCGUGGGCAUACGAUUAUGUCACUGUCUUGAGUGACAAGUCCAGUGCAAGGAAGGGAACAGAACAGGUAUGGUUUCCACUCAUAAAAGUACUGAUGAGAACGAUGCACAGGGAAGGAGUGUACUGGUGCUAUGAUACAAUCAGUCGGCUUAAAUUUAAGAAGAUUUGGAAUUGGAAACAAAAUUACCACGAGGCCCUAGAUAUCAUUGAGUCUAUAGGAGAGGCACAUCUACACUUGAACGGAGAUGACAAAGACGAAAGAUUUUUAAAAUACUGCGGGAAUACAAUCAGCACACUUCUGGAUCAGUUCAAGAUUGCAAACAUUCCAGAGAAGCUGAAUGGACGCGUAGCUGAAUUGGCCAUGACCUUUAUGGAGAAAAGGUCAAAACAACUGAGUACGUUUGUUGAAAUAUUUAUCAGAGAUAUCACACUAGAGGGAAACCAGGAUGUGAUUCCUGGCCUGAUGAAGAGAUUUGCAGUACUCUUCUAUGACAGAGACUACAUGUACAUGUUGGAUGAUUAUAACAAAUCUUUGAUUGGAUGCAGCUUCAUGGGGACUGCCAUCAACGCUUACAGCACUGGAAAAGAUAUACCAGAUGAAGUCAACAAGACGUUGGUAGAGAUGUUUUUGUGGGUGAUGCAGACAGAGGAUUUGAAGUACAGGGGUUACAAACGUAUCAACAGAACUAUGUAUGGCCGUACAGCCAUUGAUUUCUUGUUGAUGUUUACGACAAAACAUAGUGGGGGACACACGUCUGACGUAUUAUUGCCACUGAUGCCGGCCCUAGUGAAACAAAUGAAACACCAGGAGAAAGAGCUUGUGGAGAUGAGUCAGUACAUUGUCUGUAUGAUAAGCACAAAUGACUACAAAUUACUGGAGGGACAUCUGGAGGCUCUCGUCGAGUGGUACAAAGAAACACAAUCCGAUACUGCAUUGAGAGCACUAUGGAAGCCCCUCGAGGAAAGUGAUGGUUUUACAACUCCAGAUUUUUAUGUGGUUAUGAAAUCUAUAGCGGAGGACACUAGCAGUUCCAAAGCCUAUUUACACGGAAUGCUGUUAAAGUUAAUGGCUGAAAGACAAGCUGAGCUGUUCACUCAGGAACAUGUUGACAUGAUGAUUAGGAGGUUUCUAGACGAGAAGCAAUCACAAGGCAGUGUUUUAAUGGCUCUUGGUGAAAUAAUAGCCAUUAAACCCGAGAUAUUUGGAGACAACAUGAUCAAACACCUCUUACAGAAUCCAAACUUAGAUGUCGUGAAUGCUUUUUCGGUCCACGUGAUAGCUGUCAACUUGGGAUUGAAGAAAAAGGAUUUAGUCAACACCAUUUUUGAAGAGCUUCUUGCCCUGGCAAAAUGUUGGUAUAAUCCAAAUCAUCAGAUUUAUCUGUUAGACUCUGUCCGCAUUCUAGGGUCUAAAUAUGGUGUAGAAACACUUAGACCUCAUCGAAAAUUCUUUGAAGAGUUGCAGAAAUAUGGAAUGACUUCCCCUAUCAAAGAUACGUCAGCUGCUAUUGUAAACGCAAUGGAUGGAAUCAGUAUGGAGGGUGUCAUCACAGAUGUUAUACAAACAAAGAGGAAGGCCAAAGUCCUUGAUGAGAAAGUCAAAAAGGCAGAAACAGAAGUUAGUGGAAUGAAAACAACAGUUGUUAAACAAAGCAAAGACAUCAAAGCUGCUGAGACUGGGCUUAAAACCAUUGAAAAAAGGGUAGAUGUUCAAGAGGAAAAAAAACCGGAUUAUGCAGAUAUUGCAAGGACACCAGAGGGAAAAGAAGAAGCACACCAACUGGAAGAAACACAAGCUUGUACUCAAAAGGUGUCGCUACCUAAAUCUGCGGAGAAAAAUAAAGAUGAACAAGCAAAAUGUCUAGAAGACGAUGAAGAAGAAGAAGAUGAUAAAAAUGAAGAAGAAGGAAAAGAACCAGAGGAAGAGUUACCACCAUCGUACGAUUCGUUGUUUUCACAAGCUUCAAGUACACAAACUACAACAAAAAUGAAACCUUCACCCAAGUCUGCGCCUCAAUCAAGAGAGAAAUCUUCACAACCUCCACCACCACCAUAUCCGUACCGCCAUCUAUAUGUAGAUACUCCAUCACAGCCUACCACAGAACCAGAACCAGAACCAGAAAACAAAAAAAAAUCAUCCGCAUGUGUAAUUGCUUGAGGCCUUUGUUGCUGGAUAUAGAGGAUAAUUGAACAUAUUUCUAUUUGGAAAAAGUUUUAACCUCGCUAAACCUUCCCACGGAAAAUGUUAAAUUGUGUCGGUGUUAGAAACAGAGUCUUAAUAUAGUUUGGAUUUUUAAUGCAUAUUUUGGUGAAUUGUUCAACAACUUGUUUGUCUACAUAUCGUCUGCUACAUGUUUGUAAAUACUACCAGAAAGAACUGGAGCAUACUGUAUACCAGGACAUUUUCGCUGCAGUAUAAUUUUUCACCCUUCGUUAUGGGUUCGAAUUUAUCAAUACAGUGAAUUACAGUAAACAGCAUAAUAAAAAUAGUAUUAGUGAAAUUAGUGAAAUUGACACUGGGCGAAAAUUGAUAUGGGCGAUCUGUCAUUAACAAUGAGCAAACAAAUAUGGAUCUUCCCUGUUAAUAUCAACUACAGUAUAUCUAGUUUCAAUCUACUGUAUCUUGGAUGUGUGUAAACAAGAAUUCAACGACAGAGUGUUAAGUUUAAUUUAAUAUUACACGUUUAGAGUCAUGUAUGUUUCUAUAAGCUAGUUGUUGCACUUUGUUUACCUUUGUGGAACGCCUGGCUAUUUGUGGAGGGGGAUGAUACAUGAUGUCAUUGCUCUUUAUUUUGAUGACUUCUUAGUUCGUCUAUUUGUCCAUAGUUUUUGCGUUGUGUGUUGACGUAGUGGUACAUAUUUUUCUUUUACUUUCUUCAAGAAAGUGUUCAUAACUCCGUCGUUUUGUACGCAUCCGUGUAAUAUCCCCAUCUAUCAUUGCCUUGUAUCAAAUCCUUUGUAUGCUUCUAUUUAUUUUGUUUACUUAAUAAUUGUUUAUAAAAUUAACAUGCAGUUUAUAAAAUUAACAUGCAAUUUGAGCUCAAAGUGAUUAUACAAAUGCUGUAUAAUUUGUGUGUACACUAUAUAAAAGAAAUGUGAUCUUUUUUACAUUUUUUGUACUUUUUUCUUCUGUUAACUGUUUGUUUGUUUUCACAAAACCCUGGUGUUCAUUUUGCUUCGCGAGGUAGGUCUGGAGUAGUAGGUGAAAUACCUUCGGAAAGUAGCCCCUGUCUUAAAAAUAAUUUAUCUUUUCGUAUAAUUUUAAAGCCUUUUUUUUCAGAUUUUAGAAUUGAUAUAUGUAAGUCGUUUUUAUGAUAUCAUUAUGUUCGAUCAUAUCUUAAAUGUGAGUUUUUUUAAUCAAAUAUGAAAUAUGGCUGCUAGAGUGUCGUAUAAUGUGAUGAUAUUUAUCGUAUUUAUAUCAAUUAAUAUAUCAAUAUAUUUGAUGAAUUUACACCUUGAAAUGAAUUAUUUUCGAUAGCUAUUAAUGUUUUGCAAUUUUUCACAAACUUGUAUUUAGAGAUAUAUUCAGUACUGACUUGAUUCCAGCAAAGUGCUAAAUCGUCAUUCAGGCAGGAUCCUAGUUUGUUGUCAAUACACGAUUUGACCUCGAUUUACAUCGCAGGUGUACAUGUUGUCGAUGAAGAAGUAGAAUAUGGUUACACUUCCAAAACACCGAGCCUUAUUAUAUUGUUUUUAAUUUUGAGUUCGAAUUAUGGUUUUGUUGACACCUCUGUAUCCUCUUGUUAUUUUUGUCCAUUUCUUAAAUGACCUCCAUGUAUUAUAUAUUUUAUUUUCUUGAAAUCUAUUUCCAAUUAAGGAGAUCAAAUGGUUGAGUAUCGUAAAACAAUUAUCAAAGAUAUUUUUCGUGAUAAUUAUUAAUUGAUUGAGUUGUUCUGUUCAGAAAGUACUCUGUCUUUCGCUUGAUAUAACUAUUUUCGAGUAAUUUACAUUUGAGCUAGCUUGUGGUUUCAAAACUACAACGUAAUAUAUACGUGUUGAAUAAGCCGCGAAUCGAAAACCCCACCAAUAAGUACAGGGAGGUUUGUUCCUGAGGUUAAGUUUUUAUCAAUAUUACACAUGAUAAUAUCUGUUUUAUCAUUUUAUUAUAAAUGCAAUGUGAUUCUUUAUCGUGAGACAAGAUCAUUAUUGCUUCGUUCUCAAAUAUUUAUGUAUAGCGGUUUUUUGACCCAGACAGUAGUAAUACUUUGGUACUGAUAUUAAUACUUAGGAGUAUAAUUCAACAUAGUUUUUCUAAGGAUUGUCAUUAUGUGUUAUUUUUAUAUAAUUACAUAUUUUUAAAAAAUCAGAUCUACAUUUACAAAACGUUAGAAAUUGUAUACUUUCGUGCCAUAAUAUAUAUUUAUUAUAUUUCUUUUUGACAUUCUAAUGCAUUUUUUGUGUUAUACACAUGCAUUUUACAUUCCGUACGGUAUCGCAAGCUAAGUGAUAAUGAACAGAUGAUGAAACAUGUAUAUAUGAUUUAUCGACAAUGUUGUCUUGUCAUUAUAUUUUUUAUCAACAAUGUUGCCUUGUGUCAUGAUAAGGUAAAGGAUACCAGAAAUUUAAACUUUAUUAUUACCAUUUUCACUAUCAUGAAAAAUUUGUUCAGGUGCUUUUUAAAAGUAGCAUUCCUUAAAAAUCGCACUUUGCCAUGCAUUUUACAAACUUAUAGUUGUCCAAAGUUUGAAUGUUUGAAACUACAGGGUCAUACCCGGUACGUUGCCAUUGUAAACCCUAUACUUUAUCUAUUCUGCCAUCCAGGAUUUUUUCUUGCACUGCUUCAAAAUGAGUAUCCCAUUAAUAAACCGCAUAUUCUAGGGCAAUAAGCCAGAAAAAAAAUGUAUGAGAGGAACUCUUCUUCGCGAUGAAAACUGAUGCAUUGGUACCCUUUACCUUAUCAUAUAGUGAAAUUAACGUACAACGCUGUUUACCUCUCACAGAAUUCAUGGCAUGAAACUGUUAAAACAAGUUGUGGAUGUACCGUAGAUAUUUCCUCACUAUUCAUGGUGUAUGUGAAAUAUUUGUUCUUAUCACACGUUAACUGCUGGAUUUGUUGAAAUUUACUUCAUUAUCAGUGACAGUUGUGGGACAUACACCAAGUGCAUGUAGUGAACAGAUUUUUUUUCUAACGCGAUUCAUGGAAUGACAUGAAUGUUAAAAAAAGAUUCAUUCCUUAAAUAUAUCAGGAAUUAAUACAAUUAUAUUUUUCGAAAGGAGGAGUGCCAAUUAAGGCCUUCUGGGGGCUAUCUUUAACUUUAAAAAAAAAUACGUGAAGUUUCGUAAAAAAAAUGUCUAUUUGUGAUUUUGGUCCCCCACUUUACCCCCUCAUAUCUUGGAAUGGUCUCCAAGCUGACCUUAAUUGCAUGUCAUAUCAUGAUGGCAUAACCGCGAGGUAUCUACAU